AUGUCUACCUGUUCCAUUCUGAUGUGUUGCGAAGACACAAUCUUUGUUGGUGUGGAUUCGAGGGGUACAGCUUAUGACACUAAUGCAUUUAUCUUGACUGAAAAAGCGAAAAAAUUAUUCAAAAUCCAGUACAACAUAGUUGCGACAAUUGCAGAAGAUUCCGGUCAAUGUGAAGCAUUGAUAACUUAUGUGAAAGACAUAAUGGAAAAUGCAAUGGACAUAAAUGGGGGAGUAGCUGGAGACAUCCAUCGUGCAGCAACAUUAGCCCAAGAAUAUAUCCGAACAUGGAAAUCAGUGUUUAGAAAGCCAUUUAUCGGGUCUGUUCUUAUAAUUGGAUGGGAGAACGGUAAUAAGAGUUUUCGUCGGCAAGAUAAAUGCAUUAGUGCCAUAAGCUGUACCCCUCGAAUCCACACCAACAAAGAUUGUGUCUUCGCAGCACAUCAGAAUGGAAUAGGUGGACAUUUCGCUUUUGAAUAUUAUCUGUCUCACGGGAAAGGCAAUAGUAGAGAAGAAUUGUUAGAACUUCUGAAACAUGUUUUACUAUAUGCAACAAUUGUUGAUCCAAUGAGUGGUGGUCUUAUCUGUGUGACUGAGGUGAGACCAUUUGGCUUUUCUAAGAUUUAUUCCCACCGUGUUUUAGAAAUGUUUUUUGAUCAUUACGAUGCUAUGACUAAAUAUCUUCCACAUACAUUGGUUUCUCUCUGGUGCAAUUGUGAUCAUGAAUACACUUAUGAGCAUAAUGAGAAAGUGAAUGGAGUAUUGUUCGGCUUUCUUGGAGAUUAUCAUAAAAGUGUUGUCUUGGGGAUAAAUAGGAAAUUUGUUGUGCGACUCCUGCAUUUUUCUUACCAAGUUCAUGCAAAAUAUGAGCAACUGAAACAGUUGAAUGCAUAUUGGGUUCAAGAUUAUGAAAUGAAUUCAAGACCGAAAUCGCGACACACUUAUGACUGCACUGUGCAUCUUGCAGUUCGAGAGCUACCAUGGAUUCUAAUGAGUGGGUUUGAUUCUCCUAUUGUAUUUGGUGAACCAACACGUAAUUUGGUGAAAUUAUUACGAGACGUGUAG